UUUCGUUCUUCAGCUGCACCGGCCCCUCAAUCCAACUGUUCCAUGAUAAGGCAACCCAAGAGAGAUUCGUCAUAGCGUUCGGACCAUCUUCUCCACCCAUAGUUCCACUAGACUUUACAAUGGAGUUCAAAUACGCAAGAGUAUUGUCUGGAAAAUGGAGGCUUGAAAAAGCUAAAGGUAGAUCCUACACUGAGGGAGAAUUGAUCGAAACUCUGGAAAUAUUCACGAUAGAGAAUCUCGAAACCAAAAUCAACAACGAGUUUUGCUAUUUUCCGCUGGAUCUGAUAAAGUUUGAAGGGAAAAUAAAUAAAACAGAAAAGGGAGAUUAUUGUGGACCUUGGGAAGAUGAAACUGAGGACAAGAAUAAUUACUGUAAGACAUCAGAAUCUUACAAAGGCCAUACUCGUCCCGGAACGGAACCGUGGUGUCUUGACGCUGAAACAAGAGUACCAAUCUCGUGUGGUGUCCCAGUCUGUGGUUGGGAUACAAUCUGUAAAAGUACUGAGGAGGGGCACGAGUAUCGUGGGAGUCUGAGAAGGACGGAUCUAGGAUAUGAUUGUAGGAACUGGAAGGCGGAUUGGCCUCAUCCCAACAAGGGCUAUGAUAACGAGGCUGAAUACGGUGUUGGAAACCACGAUCUGUGUAGAAACCCUGACCCUGACUACCCCACCAUCUUCUGCUACACUACCAACUGGCUCAAGCGAUAUGAUAACUGUAAUGUUCCCAGAUGCAAUACCAAGGAUCAUCCUAGAUACCUGUUUGGACCCGGACUCAAGAAACGUUCCUCAUUUGUUUGAGCGCGGAACUAAUUAUUGGACAAACAUUGUAGUUAAAGGGACUGUGAUCAGCCCAGAAAAGUGAAACUUGCUAAAAUUUGUAAUUAGUUGUUCCAAGAGUAAAUUAGAUAAAACCAAAAUUUAGAAUCGAUUGAUUUUUAAAUUACCGUUGGAAGUGGGAUGUUCCACCGAUUUUAAUAUUUAAUAACUAACUAUCACCAGAGUAUUCAGUAUUGGCUGGAAGGCUGUAGACAGUUGAAACUCUGAAUGUUGAGACAAAUGUUUCAAGUUUAAGCUAGCGAUAGACUUUAGUGCAGUGUGCAAGCUUUAGUUUUCUCUUCACAGCGCUUACACAAAAUAAUAUUACUGCAGUUUCCUUCGGUUUGCUCGGCUGAUACAGAAUACUUAAAUUCAGUACUAAUAUUUUGCUUAUCUUUUAAAAUGAUCGACAGUUAGAUCUGUAUAAUGAAGUUUUUUUGCAACAUUUUUG